CCCACAAUUCCAACCAUGAGAGCUGCCAAAAUUUGUGACUAUGUCAGAAGACUUGCUGUCUCUUGUCAGUAUUUCAUUGUUUUAUCUGAAUCCAAUUGCUCAAAUAUGGGCAGCAGAGAAUAUUAAUAUUAUUAAAACAACAAAAAGUUAGAGAAGAAAAAAAAUAUCAAAAUCUAGUCUCUGCCAUGGAACUCAAAAUCUCACCUCCCAAGAAUAUUGCAAGCAAAAAAGACUGCUAUAGUGUGUCAAAUGGAGGAGAGAAAUGUUCAAGUUCAAUUGAACUUGGGCUGAAUCUUGGGCUUAGCUACUCAAAGUUUAGUACUAAUGGAUAUGGAUUUACAUUUCUACAGAGGCAAGAAUUAGAGCAACAAUUUUGCAUCUACAAGUACAUAGAAGCUGGGCUACCUGUUCCUUCUCAUCUCAUUAUUCCUAUAUGCAAGUCUAUAACUUGCUCCUUAAAAGGUCUUCAUGAUGGUGUUUAUCAACAUUGUCCCAAUUUGAUGGGGUAUGGCCACUUGUGUUGGGAACAUAGCAUGGAACCAGAACCAAGGAGGUGUAGGAGGACUGAUGGCAAGAAAUGGAGAUGCAGCAAAAGUGUUAUUCAGAACCAGAAAUACUGUGAGAAGCACAUGCAUAGAGGCCGCCAGCGUUCAAGAAAGUAUGUGGAACCAGCUUCAUCCAAUUUGCAAUUGUCUAGUUCUAAAAUUAAAAGCAACAAAGCCAUGAGAGUAGCAUCACAAGCUCAUCAAAAUUCAGAACCAGACACGCUACCUUCUCCAUUGCACUACCAAUAAAUUAACUAGGGAUUUGGGGUUGGGUUUCGCCUUGCAUCCAAGUGAUCUCUCUUCUUCUUUUAUGGUAUUUCUAGUUAGUGCGAUUUAAUUGAGGGUUCAGUUGAUUUGAAAUGUGAUGUAAUAAGACAAUGAUUCUAGUCUUUUUUUUAAAUCACGGUGGUGUUCGGAUCAACUUGUGAGCAUUUCGAUUAUUUUACCAGGCUUGCUAUUUCCCACAA